GCAGCCGAGGAAGUGGAUCCCGGCCGCUGGCCCCAGCGUAUCCCGACCCUUGGCUCUCCGAGUUCCGGCCCCGUGAUUUCCCCACUGGUGGGGCCGCGGCUCUGCAUCUAUGGGACAGGAGGGCCGAGGCUCCCGGGCGCGGGGGACGGGAUGGUGCAAAGGUCUGUUCUCAAAUACCCGGUUAUGGCAAGGUGUUGCUGGAGUCCUUGCUGCUGUCAUUUUGAUUUUGUGUAUUCAGUUUGUAAACCGUUCUUCAGAUUUUCCCAUGUGCCCUUCCCUGGAACUCUGUCCAUCAGAUUGGCUGUAUUUCCAGAGAAAAUGUUACUACAUCUCUGAAAGUGAAGCCAGCUGGAACUCCAGUCAGAGCUUUUGCUCUUUGCACAAUGCUUCCCUCCUGGUGAUAGAAAAUCAUCAGGAACUGAGUUUUAUGAUGAAGAUAACAAAGCAAGACCCCUGGAUUGGACUCUAUAAAAGAUAUGAAGAGUUCUUUUGGGUAGAUGGGAAAGCAUUAGACACUACACUGAUUGAAGUAAAAGGCUCUGGAAACUGUGCCUAUCUCGAAUCCAAAGGAGUCUCAGCCUCUGGAUGUUAUUUAACCAGGAAGUGGGUCUGUAGUUUGAAUAUUGGCUUAGCAAGAUAAAGGUGGAUGAAGCCACCACACCUGAUGAUGCUCUGAUAUGAUGUCUAUGCAGACUAUGUCUAUACUCUGGGACCUGGGAACACAGCUCCUGCCUGGAGGUGAAUGGCUUUUCUGGUAGUCAGAAUUCUGCACCCAUGGAGGAAGCCUCUGUUGUUUAAACAUACCAUUUGAAAGGCUUCAGCAUCUUGAUAAGCCAUUUCCUCACCCCAUUUUGCUAGCUACCACUCGUCCUGUAGGUGCCUUUUGAUGUGUUAUCAGUAUUUCUUCCAUUAACUGUUCUCUUGUAGGAUCAGGAGCAACUGCUCUUUUCCUUUUUGGUGUGCAGUUGGAGAUGUUUGUUCUGCUUUUUCCUUAGCCACCCUCUGUGUGCAGAGAUGGGUUGUGAAGUGUGGGUCUGCCUGAAAUUCUGCCAGUGCCUCUCAGAUACAGGGUGAUGCAGAAAUGAGCACUGUUGGUUUGGACAGGAACAUUGCAGAUUCUGCUCUCCCAGUUUGAUGAGGUGCACCUUGUGUAACUCUGCAUUAUGUUGUGUUUCUUGAUGUUAUUUUACAUUAAUCUUGCUAAAUAAGCUUGACAGCAUUAUCAUUGCGGUAUUUAUGUAGCUGCACUACACCUGAUGUUCUUCCCACAGCAAAAGGCAAAGUCAGGAUAGAUAAGAGUAUUCACCUGAGCAUCUGCAUGAGUGGGGGAAGGAGUUUGAGUUGAAACUAAUAGUGAAGCUGCAGGCAUUACUGUUGUAAAGUUAGCUAUAGUCCUCAGUG